AUGCAUUCGGCCCGGGCGGCCUCCCCCUGUAGGUUGUGGGUGCUGCAGUUCGGGCACGAGCUGGUCACUCAGGUGCGCAAACGCAUGACCCACAUCUGCUACCUGAUCAUCAGCCGCAACAUGGCUCUCCAGUACCUCACUCCCGAGCAGCGCCGCCACGUCGCCAACACGGCAGUACUGCGGCGCUACCGGCCGGGCGAAUGCAUCUUCCGGAGGGGUGAGCUGGCCUUUUCGCUGAUCAUCCUGGUCGAGGGCGAGGUCAACAUCGUGAUCGACGGCAACCGCGUGGACACCAUCGGCCCGGGUGAAAUGCUAGGGGAAAGCGCGCUGCGGGGCGAACGGUCGUUCAGGAUGGCGGAGGUGGUGGCCCGCAAGCUGACGACGCUGGUGGAGCUGGACAGCGAGUACGUGAAGAAGGUGCUGGAGGAGGACGUGCACAAGGUGAUAACCUACAACAUCUGCAAGUGGGCCAUCAAGCGGACCGUCAAGCUCAAGAUCCUUCAGCCCGCCAAGCUGGACCGGCUGGUCAAGGCCAUCGAGAAGGUGGAGGUCCACAAGGGCGACACGGGGCUGGUCAACUCGCUGGGCAAGGUGGUGGUGCCCUGCGGCCGCACCUACGGGGAGAUGGCCUGUUUCAACCAGCUGAAGAGCACGGAGAACCUGUCAGCGGAGCGAGACGGUGAGAUCGGCAGGCUGCAGGUGUCCAUCGUAGGGCAGGUGGUGGGCUCGCUCGAGCGGGAGAUGCGCCUGGGCAAGUCCAUCAACAAGAGCGUGCGCUUUUGGUCCCACUUCCGGCAGUUCGACAACCUUAUGGUCGUGCAGGAGUUCAGGGAAGGCCCCUUCUACAUGGUGUUCAAGGUGCAGGACGCGGUCACCAAGAACGAGGCAGUGGCCUUCUGUCUCGAGGCCCGGCACAACCCCGACGUGCUCGAGAUCUCCAAGAGCAAAAUGCUGCUUAACCGAGUGGAGGGCAGCGGCUUCUUCCCCCGCAUGCUGGGGGUCAGCCGGAUCCGCAACUACUUCGUGAUCUUUGAGGAGCUCCUCGAGCAGAUGCCUCUCGUCCAUCUCAUCGAGAAGCAGCAGCUCAACUCCGACCAAGUGCGCUUCGUCAUGGCCGAGCUGCUCCUCCUCCUCGAGGAGGUCUUCUCCAACGAACUCAUCCACCGGAACAUCAAGCUCGACGUGCUCAACCUCACGGCCCGGGGCUACCUGCUGGUCAGCGAGAUGGAGCACGCCAAGCGGCUGCGCUGCCACACUGACUACUCGACCAAGACCAUCAUCUCCACCCCGCACUACACCGCCCCCGAGGUCAUCCUCGGCAAGAGCUAUUCAUUCGCCUCGGACAUCUGGUCCGCGGGGGUCGUCUUCUAUGAAAUGGUCAAUGGCUUCUACCCCUUCGCAAAUGACGCUUCCGCCCCGAAAGAGAUCUACGACCGCAUUCUGGCCGAUUCUCCCGACCUCGGCCGCUUCGGCUCGAAGGAAAAGGAACUCGCAGUGCGCAUGCUCGAGAAGGACCCCGGCCUGCGCUACCCGCUGUCCUUCGACGAGUACAAGGCGAUGGCCUACUUCGAGGAGAUCGUCUGGCUACAGUUGAGCCUGCGACUGACAAAGAGUCCCUUCACGAACCUGGCCAUCCACGAGCCCUAG